GAGUACAGGUCUGUGAAUUCCAGAUCGCGGGAAUGACUCCCAUGUGAAGUUCGUCGCUAUUUCUGUUAUACCAGUGUUCAUCAGGCAUUGCCAAUCCGUUCUUUGAUGCGACUCCAGCGGUGUGCCGGGAUCCAAGAUGAGCAAUCUGAUCCAGGAAUGCGAAUCGGAGAACUUCUGUGCAGAAGAUCUGGUCGAGCGGUUCGCAUGGCGGAGUUUAGGCUCUCAGAGAGACGAUCGUUUCGACGCGAAGGGUCUCGAAGAAGCUUUCAGGAAUGAAAUCGACCAUCUCCGGCGGGAGUAUGAUCACAGAGAGCAGCGAUGCCAAAGGCUCGAGAAGAACUGUGCGGAGGACAUGGAAAGACACUGGAACAGAGUGAAAGAUCUGAUCGAGAAAAACAAACUCAGUCAGAGGACGUACAAGGAUCUGGACAUGCAGAUCGGCAGAGUAGCCGCAAAAGUAGUUCAUCUCGGCGAUCUGCUGGAAUCUGUGAAUACGCCCCGCGCCCGAGCGGAGGAGGCGGAAAAACUCAUGCUCAAAUUCGGCGACUUCCUCAGCGAGGUGAACGACGUUCCCCUCUCGAAACAGAACAUCUACGAAAAUUCCGACCUCAUCCAGAAACUACAUCUGAUCGCACAGGAGCUCCCGUCAGGCGGGAAAUUCGACGAGACGAAAAAUCGUAUCACCACCAAAUACUCACAAAUUGAAAGCGAUCUCAUCGACGAGUUCCGGAACGCUCACGAUAUUGGUGACAUCGAAAAAAUGAUCCAGUUAGCCUCGAUUUUAGCUCAUUUCAAGGGUUUCCAGACGUGUGUGGAUACUUUCAUCAAGAACGCGCAGCGCGGAGCCUACAUGAAGAGUGAUGUUUUCAAAGACAUUAUCCCCUUAUGCCGGACCACGCAGCAGCUAGUUAACCAAGUUUUCGCCAAUCCCACCAACGUGAUGGCCAGAUUCGUCACCGACAUCUAUUCUGUCAAGCUCCAGGACUACAUAACCGCUCAACUCCAAGUGAACGAUAAAGGCGACUACCUACAGAAACUUCUGCUUAUGUACGGCAAGACCGAACAGCUAUCCCAGGAUUUGACCGCUUUCAAGAUCGAUCCGGCUCUCCUACAGAAGCUGUCGCGUCAAAUCUUCCAGAAAGAUCUCGACGGAUACAUCGCGGUCGAAAUGCAGUAUUUACGAGACAGAUUGGAUUUCCUGCUCCGAAAGUACUACGAGGAUCUAGGCCACACCAAACGGUCGGUCGGUGGCCUGACGGAUCUGCGACGCGAUAUGCAGAUGUUCAUCGCGCCGCUCACCAGCAUCAACAUCGCUCCGGUAGCCGAAGAUUUCAAAGGCGAAACUUUCCUGUCGGAAGCCUUGGCAGCUAACAUGCUGGAAGAGCUGCGACACGCUCUCCUCCGAUGUAAACGAUUAUCGAGGCAAUCUGAACGGUCAAAGAACGCCUGCCAGAUCUGGCAUUGUCUGCAGACUCACCUCUGCGUCGAGCACAUUCACUACGCCCUCGAUCUAAGUCUCAGAUGCAUCCCACUGAACGAGACGAAAAGUGAACCCCGGCUCACAUUCCUCGACUGUGUCAGGGAAUGUAAUACGAUGGUUCACCUGUUAGACGAUCUGUUCUGCAAGAGUGUAGUGCCAUUAGUCUCUUCGACACCCGAAUACGGCUUGUGCCUGCAGAAAAAACGUGAAUGCAUAGAGCAGAUGGAAGUCAAAAUGCACCAGGGCAUUGAACGCUGUAUCCAAGCCAUGGUCGCCUGGAUCAAUCUGCUGCUCUCCGAACAACGAAAAACCCCCCUUAGCGCCGCGGAGAAUAGUUCCAGCCCUACUUGUGCGCGAGUGUGUCGUUACGUGAAUGAUUGCUUCGGUCAGAUCCAACGGAAUCUCGACGGUCAGAACUGUACCGCAGUUUUGACCGAGUUCGGCAUCCAGUUUCACAGAGCAGUUUACGAGCACAUUUCAACAAUGCAAUACGACCCCAAGUCCACAGCUAUCAUCAUCAUGUAUGACGUCAGCGAGUACCGGGGCUGUGCGCUGCAAUUACCGCCCAUCGUCCGGCAGCUGUUCGAAGUGCUAGCCAUCCUGGUCAAUCUCCUGAUGACGUCCCCGAACAAGCUUCAAGAUCUUUUGAAUAGUCACGCUCUCGAGAAACUCGAUCAACAAGUUCUGCAGAACUUUGUCGAGCUCAGAACGGACUGCAAGCAGGAGAGGCUUGUGCAAACAUACUUCAAAGCCAGGAAAUAGACUACGCCUCUCGAGACGCCGUAGAGUUCACAACCUCAACUAGUCCUUACCGAUGCAAUGAAACCUAUCCGAGAAGGUUUCCACCCACCGUUGUUCCGUGUCGCUACUUUCCUAUCAUCGAAAUCGGGAGAAGCAGAGAGUUCGUCAAGCGCGCGAUCUGAUAUCACCGCGGAUGAAAGGUGGAGUAGCGAACGAGAAAUACUAUUUUUCCUUUCACCGACCGUUUCGUCGACCGAGACGCUAAUUAGCUGUGAUCGUUAAAAUUAUCCCGGGAUGAACUGCGGGAUGAUUUGUUCCGGGAAAAAAUUGUUGAAAUUAUCAUUGAUUAUUUUAUUGAAAUCCCGGGCUCAAAAUUUCAAAUUAUAUCCGAUGUGACCCACAUCGAUCACCAUGAGGCUUGGGAUGUAUUCUGUAUGUGGUUUCUUCGAUGGACCGUUUUCGUACAAACAUGCAGUCGUGGAUAGGUUAAGAUCUACAAUAAAACUCAGUCGAUUU